AGUGGCAGGAGCUCAACUGAUGCUGUCGCUGUGCAGAGUUCUGGGAAAAGACUGAGGACUUACAGAGGAAUUCGAUCUUUUCAGCAUCACUAAGGACAUUAAUCAAUUAUUCUAUGUAGAUAGUGUAAAAUAGACCAUUAUAUUUUUAGAAUUUUAACAUGAAGACAUUUAACAGCUGUUUACAUACAUAAAAAUUCAUGUUUAAGACAUAUGAGGACUUCAAUUUAAAUUGCAGUUCUAACAUUGUGAUACAGGAAUAGAGCAUUCAGCGCAUUUGAAGUGAACACUUAUCAGCUCUGUGUCGCUGAGCAGCAGUGAGAAACACCUGACACAAGUAACCAAAACUCUGAGGUACCAACAUGUCUGAAGUUUUCUCUCGCUUAGCUUUCUUUGUUGAGAGUAAGUUGUGGCAUUGGGCGUCAGGUUGUAUUUCAGUGCAUUAAGUACAAGGAAACUGAGACACCUUCAGUCUUUAAUUACUACUAAACUGAUGUGUUGUAAAUAUGAUAAAACAGAACUGUAUCUCUGUGUGGCUGAAAAACCAAAAUGACUGUCACCGGAUGAAGUUACAAAAGAGCUCAGAGCCAAAAAACCCUGAGCAGUGAAAGGUCAGGGAAACAGGGAAGUUGGUUUUCUGCUUCUGUCCUCCACACGGCUCUCUGCAGCAACAUGUCUUCAUCAUGGGCUCCACAGCUGUGAUCACUGUCCAUGUGCUCACCAUUCAUUCUUUGACUGGAACACUUAAGUUCAGUUCUGGUGCUAACUGCGGUGACAAGUGAGAAAGAAUCUAACACACAGCUCACACUUUUUUUUCACAAAUGAUUAAUUGAGAUAGACACAAAACAGUUUCAUUCUCUGACACAACAGAACGAGCUUUGCCAGCAGCUGAUCUGGAUCACCUACACAGUUGUCUGUUUCAAAUCACUAACAUCUAGAUAUUGUCCUCCUGUUUAUUAGUGCCCCUUAUGGUACUUGAUACAGAUGUAUGAGAGGCAGCUCUCCAUGUCCUCCUAAUGUGACACGUACAACAAAAGAAGAUAACACAUACAGGCUUCACCGAGUCUCCUGAUCCAAAUAAUAAUUAAGAAUUAGUGACUUGCAUUCUGAUGUGCUGAGGAUUUCCUCACGCAGGGGGUGUGAACAGGAAGGAUGAAGACUUCUCUUAUUUCUGCAGUAUUUUAGUCAUGUGAAACAAGAAGUCUGGCAGCUUUUAUAUCACACGUCCCAUCAGUCUGUUACUGGAGGAAACUACUUUAUUCUUCUUUUCAGCUGCAGGCUUGUUUGUGUCAUGUCAGUCCUGUGUGUGAAUAUGGUGACAGCCAACAUGUUGCUGAGCCUCUUCUUUCUCUCAGGUGUUUUAGCUGAUUGUCCUGAAGAUUCAGACCUCUUCAUCACUGCACCAAAGAGGAUGGAAGCACUGAGUGGAUCUUGUUUGCAAAUCCCAUGUAACUUUAGACCUAGAGAUGUACGAGAGUUUGACAGCAGAAAAGAAAUCUUUGCAGUGUGGAUCAAAAAUCACCACACAGUUAUAGAUUAUCCAGACAAUGUGAUUUUCAACAGCAGUAGGACAAAUAACGUCUAUCCAAUGAAGAUAACUGGAAACCUGAGAGAGAAAAACUGCACCACUUUAUUUUCCAGUUUAAAUACUAGUUACACAAACACAUACUACUUCAGGAUUGAGAGCAACUCAUUCAAGGCAACAGCUUAUUGUGAUCCUCUUCAAAUAACAGUUGAAGAUUCUCCUCGUCGCCCCACAAUUGAGAUCUCAGGUGAUCUGAAGGAGAAGGAGUCUGUCACUAUAACCUGCUCAGCUUUCACUCCCUGUCCACACUCCCCUCCUAAACUCACCUGGAAUCUCCAACAAGACUCUCACAACAAAACAGAGGAAAACACAGAUGGAACCUUUACAACUAAAAUCCAGGAGACCAUCACUCUGUCAGAGCAACAUGAUGGAUACAACAUCAGCUGUUCUGCCACAUAUCCUGUGAAUGUAGGAAAAGAUGUCAAGACAGCAGAGGAGACAAAGACUCUCAGUGUUUCAUAUGCUCCUAAAGACACCUCAGUGUCCAUCAGUGCAUCAGCAGGUAGCUGGGUGAACCUGACCUGCUCCAGCAGAGCCAAGCCUCCCGUCAGCAGCUUCAGCUGGUUCAGGACCAGCAAAGAUGGACUGAUGAAAGUAGCUGAAGGACACUUUUACAGUGUUAAUGUGACAGAUGGAGGAGAUUAUUACUGUGUGGCCACAAAUGAUCUCGGUAACCAGACGUCGUCGCGGUUUCGUUUAAAUAAUUCAGAGUUUGGCCUUUCUGUCCACGUUACAGUGAAGAUCCUGGGAGUCAUAAUGCUCUACAGUACAAUCGUCAUCUUUGAGUGCUGCUUCAGAUCAAGAUGCUGCAACAAACCAGUGAAGGACUCAGACGAAUCAGACUGUGUCAACAGAGUGAUUGAGAUUCAGGCGUCAUGAACGAGAAGAGGAAGACGUCACGUUCACCAUAAAUGGAAUAUUUCUCUGUUUCUUGUUCCUCUAAUUCUUAAAUCUUCAAUUAGUCUGCAAGAGUUUGGUGAUGUGAACAAAGGACGAAGUCUAAACAGCACAGAUGUUUGUUUUGAUGGAAGAUAACACAAAUAUAAUUCCAUCAUCAUCAUCAUUAGUUUGUGUAAGAUCGAAACGAUUUGUGGUAUUUUUAUGGUAAUUAUCUUUAUUUUCCACUGUGGCGUGUUCUUUGUGUGUGUUGAUAAUGAUCUCCAAAUGUGAAAUGAGGACAGUUUAUGUAAGAUAUUUUUGAUGAUGAAGACUUUUUAUUCAUUUCACCUGCUUGUUUUAACUGAACAAUGAAUCAUAUCACACUGACUUGCACAUGAUGACUUUUUAAAGAUCCUCAGAGGUCUUUAAAUCUAACUGUCUUUUUGGGGGAUACAACUUUUCUUGAGUUUUACCACACUGCUGACAUAAAGUUUUUUUUAACUCCA